AUGCCUCGCCCGCGCCGUCGAUCACGAGUUCAUUCAACAACAAUCGCCAAGAAGUUACACCAAAGUCGUCUUCCUGUGGGCACACCUCCACUCCAACAAGACGGGAGUCGAUCGCCCACGCGCCUGAGCCAGCGUAGUGACUUGAGUCGUGACGCAUCAAUAUCUUCAGACGAGUUGGAGCAGGGGCCUGACACUACGGAAUCCACUCAUGACCAAUUUCGACAACAACCGCUUGACAUGGCCGAUGCAGCAACCGAUUCCGCUGCUUCUCUGGCAUCAUUGGCCGAAGCGAGAUUGCAACGUCAGAAUGAGCGUAUUCGUCAGGCGGAAGCUGCUCUGGUGUCUGCUCCGAUGGAGCGACAGCGCUCAGACUCGAACAGCAAGGUUAAGAUGAGCAGGAACCCGAACCUAUCUAUCGAUACCUCAAGCCGCCUGAGUGGCAGUCAAGAGGCGGAUACGAAACUCCCUGCACCGCCAGACCGCUCUGUCAACAACGAUAGCCAAUCACAAACUCAAGUCACGGAGCUCUCCCGUUCACUCUCAACAGCGUCCCGUGUGACGAGCCUCAGCAAACAAGAUGAUCACAAUGAUGCGGCCGGACCGCAACCAGAUGACGGAUUCCAGGUUUAUCUCAGCCGCCGUUCGCGUCGAACGCUCUCGGUCAACAACACCAAUCCUGUGGCCGCACCACCGAAAGCUGCGACAGUGGAAGGUCACCUUGCACCGCAGAAGAUCCUCGCUGUGUUCGGUACUCCCUUGCCCAUACCUUCUUUCCUCGCUUCAAAUUUGGGUCGAUCGAGCGGUCAAUUGCAAUUCAUACAACAUCCAAACGGUGAUGUGUCGGCGCAUAUCUGGAGCGGGUCACGCACGCAAUGGGAAAAUGUUGGACAAUUCAGCAACAUUCGCAAACGAAUCGAAGGGCAAUUAGCAACGUGUCGUCUCAAAGGCGAGACUGCAAGUCAAAUGCGACGCCAAAACAGCCUUGCCUACUUUCGUGCUGUUGCGCGUCAGAAAGAGGCAGAGCUACUUGGCGGUCCGUUCGGAACAGCUGACAUCAAAGCACUACUGCCAGAGCCUGUUAGUGAAGUUGAGGCAUCUCGCGAUGUUUCGCAACAUACUGAUAGCAGUGACUGGAAAGCCCUGAUGCAACGGUCUUCCAGAGAAGACCCAUUUGCGCAGUUCGUUCCUAGUCAAACCAAAGGAGUGUUUGGUGAUCUACGUUCUGUUGGGUCUCCCACGACUACGCGAAACAACGCGCUGCAUGCCAUCAAGAGCUUUGCUGAUUCACUGCAUCCCUCGGAUGCUAGAUCAGACGGACCUGCAAUCGCUCACAUUGGUGCCAGCAGUCACAACCUAGCACCCCUUUUUCUUCGAACGAACUCUGUGCCUCCUUUGGUGUCUCUCAAUGCUCAGACUUCGAGAACAGACAAUGCUUUACAGAAUUCCCAAAACAUUACUGGGCGAGAGAAGUGGUUCGCUUCUGAUAACCUUCCGCAAAACGAAGACUUUCGUACUACUCCAGGAUUCUUCAACUUAGGCCUGGCACCAGCCAAGCCGACCAUCUCCAAAUCUUCGCCUGCAGCGGCGUUCUUCGAGAGUUUGAAGCUUGACUCAUUGGGAAACGAAGCCUCUCAUCCAACUCCAUUCAACGACGAGAAAAGAUCCGAACCACAACAUAAACCGUCUGUGAUAAUGCCGGAUGCCAAGGUACGUGGCGCCUUGCGGGGUCAAUUGAUACGUCUCGAGGAAAGUGCAAAAGGGCGCAGUGGAGGCGUUACAUCUCUCACUAAGAUUACGCCUACGGAGAAGCCAACAGGUAGUCAGGACACACCAGCCAAGACGCCAUUCCGAACUGUACUCCAUGAUCCUUAUAGGUCAAAUGCAACGACAUCCUGGGAUCCCGCUGCAGAGGUUUUUGGAUCUUCGGCAGGCUUCUCUGUCCAUCGCCGAAUGGCGUCACCUGGGAGUGGAUUCAUGCUUCCAAAAACUCUCGGGGCUCAUCGCCCUGACUUGAUCAACACACGUGACGGCCCAGCAGUAGCAGGUGAGCAUGCUGUCAACUUUUCUCCGGCAUUCGCGCCCUCUACCGCAACGGCUCCGCCUCUAGACUUGACCGCUAAAGUGGUGAAUGUGCAUGGAUAUCGAGACGCUACGUUCGGCGGUCAACGCCUGCAUUUUAACCCGCACGGUCAAGAGACAUAUACACAAUUGCCGACACAAGGCUCGGGCUAUCGCCGCGCACUCCCGGCUCGCACCUUUGAUUUGCGAGGCAUCAGCUUUCCCGAAGAUGAUAAUCCGCGUGGAGUCAACCCUGUUCACGGGUUAUCAUCAAUUUGGAGAACGCAAGCUGCAUCUUCAGCGUCCGCAGACCAUACCGGUAUACCCUUUGCUCGCCACCAACUCGCUAGUGUGCCGUCUCUGGAAGCCAAAUCCUCUUUCAUCACGCACGACUCGUCCGCUGUACGAUCGUACGAUGACCGUUUGCGGAGCUGGUGGGAAGGCGACCAAAAGUUUCAACGCCAGGAAGACUUUUAUCAACGCAUCAAAGCUGCCCAUCGGAUUUCAUCGCCAAGCUCAAUGAAGAAACCUAUAAAGAUGUCUCCCACCGACACAGGCUCUCCCCUUCCCAAUCGUCCAAGUGAUCAACAGGCCAAAUCACCCGACGCUCCGGUCUCGUUCAACGAACCUCUCACGCGCAUCCUCAUCCCUGUCUUCGAGAACCUCGAAGCCUACGCUCCGCCCUCGGCACAUGCUGGCGCGGACUACUGGUGUCCUUGGAAAUCUACCCGUCCGAGCAACAAUCACUGGACAGCCGCCUCGCCUUUCUCGCCCGUCGAUUCUUCUCUGCAAUCGUACUCCACAGCACCGCUUCCGCAGCAACCCGCUACAACUCCCAUAUCCUACUCAGCACCUCUGUCUCCAUCAUCGAUCCACCGUGUUCCCGAAUGGGCCAUCAAUCGCGGUCCCAAGGGCAACGAGAGCUUUUGGGAUAUUCAUGAAUGGGGGAAGCCGCCGGCGAGAGUCGGGAGGGAUAGUCGAUAUUCAAGCACGAGUGGUGGAGGAGGUUUCUCUACUGGAAGUACUGGGUCAGGGAGGUCGUAUGUUCCUCCUUCGUCGUUGCCGUCGCCGGUGUUUGUCAGAGGUGUGAGCAGGCUUGGCAAUGGGAGGUGA